AUGACCGACAUCGUUAGCAACUGGAAGCUGGAGCAGUUUGUGCUCCAGAAGUGUCUCCCCCCAGUUUGGUCCCCGGGGGCCUUCCAGGGCCCGGAGGCAUACCAGCAGCUGUGCCAGCAGUGGGAGAGCUGGUCGGAGGAGACCAAAAAGCCCAAACCCACAAACAAAUGCAAGAAGCGAGCGGCUUUGCAGGGUUUGCUGAUGGUGGGCAGGGAGUUGUCCAAAUUGCUGAAGGAGGCUCUUGAGAAUGUGCAGACGCUGGAGCAGGCCAAGGGUGAGCUCAAAAUGCAGGUGGACAACCUGCGGGCAGAGGUGCAGGGUUUGUGCGGGGACUCUCUGCGGAAUGCAGUGGAGAUCACCCGGCUGGAGAGCAAGCUGGGGUACGAGAAGCUGAAAACAGAGGAGCUGGAGAAGGAGGUCGGGAAGUGGAUCGGGGAGACCCACGACGCCCAGAGCGCGGUGCGGGCGGUCCUGCAGGACAUCCAGCGGGACCGGGGCACCGGCCCCGAUCACAAGGUAUGCCACGCCAAGAUCCAGGAGCUGCAGGCAGAACUGGGGGUGUCGAGGGGCAUCGUGGCUGCCAUCCAAGGCAAGAGGAGCCGGUUCGGGAAUGGUGAAGGGGAGGACUCCCUGGACCCGCACCCACCCCACUACGACUAUGAGGAUGAUGUGUGGGGUGCCAAUGGCCCCACCAGGCCAUCUCCCUACGCUCCUCUGCGGGAGGAGAUGUCCCAGCUGCAGGGAGGGGAGGCCAUAGACACCAACAGGCCUGUGCUCUGGUUUACGCCUGAGCAGCUCAAAACAGUGGGGAAGAUGCUGGGGCCAUUGACAAAAGAUACGGCAGUCAACUGGCUGUCCCGGGCCCAGCGGCUGCCCAGGUGCCAGGGCGGCAACUCGGUGAGUGACCUGAUAGACGUGGUGAGAAAGUGCAUGAAACCAGACGACUUCGCAGCACUGCCAGGGGACGUGCAGAUGGGCAACGUCCAGGACAUCGGGGACGUCCAGUUGGCCGUGCUGAAGGUGUUCUUCCCGGAGGUCAACCCCUUAGUGCUCUUCCACCAGGAGAAGCAAAAUCCCGAGGAGCGGCCGGAUGCCUACGUUAACCGUAAGAAGAUGCUCUACCAGAUGGCCGGGCUGCCUGGCUCAAAGGACUCCCCCCUCGAUUUUGACAGGCCCGAAUUUAAGGAGCCACUGGUGGUGGGGCUGACCCCUCCGUUGCGGGUGAUUGCUGGUGGGGACGCGGCCAGAAAGCCACUGUCGGAGCUAGAGCAGAUCCUGACACAGAAUUUUGAGCUGCAAAAGCAGGCGUUCCCGGGGUACAUGCUGGGGGGGAAGAAAGGGAAAGCCUCGGCCAUGUCCUUCCAAAAUGCGGGGGUGAGAAAAAUGCAAGGAGACAACCGAAAAGAUCCUGAUGGCAAGGGCGGUUCAGGGAAGGAGAACCAGCAAGGGCUGAGGUUUCAGAAGUCCAACCCUUGGCGAGCUGAGCUGAGGAAGCGCUUGAUAAAAUACGAGAAGCAGGAGGAUAUCGAUGGCUUGCCGGACGCGGAGCUCUUCCAAAAACUGGCCCUGCACGAGGCCAAAAAGCACAGCAGCUCCAACCCGAUUGACCCGGGGUCUAAGGCUCAGCAAUAGGGCUGCCAGGCACCUGCAUCGCCCCUUUUUGUGGCACCGAUUAAGACCGAUUCAUGGGGGCGCCUGAUAGUUGAUAUAACUAUUGGAGGAGGGGUGCUUGGACAAGUGAUGUUAAUUGAUACUGGUGCCUCUUAUUCAAUUCUGAAUAUGGUUCCUAGUGAAGCAGGGCUCUUCCAAACCUGUGAAAUUAUUGAACUGACAGGGCCGAACGGCCAAAAAUCAUCAGUGCCGUUCACAGGGCCCGUAAACUUUGAAAUUGGGACUGCCAAAGGGUCUGAAAAAUUUGGGAAAAUGGAAAUGAAGGGAAAGCCAGGAAUUUUAGCCAUCUCCGCGCUGACAAAGAUGGGGGUGGUGGUGGACCUGGUAAACCAAGUACUGUUACACUGCC